AGUUGCAGUUGGGUGUGGACCCUCAGGGCCACCAUAUUCAUGUGGGUGUCAAAUUACAUUCACCGUGACACUUUCACUUUCUGAACUAUGUAUUUAGAUUCUUUGUUAGAAAAGAGAGGACGUUCAACGACAGCAAGAAGGAUACGGGGAACACUGAAAUACAGGGAAUAUCAGGAUACUGUGACUUCAACACGAUGCUGCUGAUUCCAUGUUACAAAUAGAAGUUUUACAGAAGUCACAGCUAAAAGUGAAAGUAAGUUUGAAGAAACUUCUUGAGUGGAGUGGACGCCUCAUUGUUUUCAUUGUUGUUACUCCGGGGAAAAAAAAAUGUCUUCUCAGUCGGAAAAGGAUCUCUCCUGUCCCGUCUGCCACGACAUCUAUAGAGAUCCUGUCAUCCUGUCAUGCAGCCACAGCUUCUGUAAAAACUGUCUGCAGACGUGGUGGACAAAAAAACAAAAAAAAAACUGCCCACUUUGUAAGAAGAUAAACCUGUCAAAUGAUCCGCCCCGUAACUUGGCGUUAAAGAACCUGUGUGAGGCUUUCUUACUGCAGAGAGAUAAAAAAGCUUCUGCAGGGUCUGAGCCUCUCUGCAGUCUGCACAAUGAGAAACUCAAACUUUUCUGUUUGGAUCAUCAGCAGCCGGUGUGUGUCGUCUGUCGAGAUUCAAAAGCGCACAAAGACCACAGAUUCAACCCAACUGAAGAAGCCGCCCAGGAUCACAGAGAGGAGCUUCAGAAACACCUGAAGCCCUUACAAGAUAAACUGAAGGUGUUUGAACAAGUCAAAGGAAACUUUGAUCAAACAGCAGAACAUAUAAAGGUCCAGGCACAGCAGACGGAGAAGCAGAUAAAGGAGGAGUUUAAAAAGCUUCAGCAGUUUCUACAAAAGGAAGAGAAGGCCAGGCUGGCUGCUCUGAGGCAGGAAGAAGAGCAGAAGUUAAGAAAAAUGGAGGAGAAGAUUGAGUCUCUGAGUAGAAGGAUAGAAACUCUUUCAGAAACAAUCAGAGCCACAGAGGAGCAACUGAGAGCUGAAGACGUCUCAUUCCUCCACAACUACAGGGCUGCAGUCAACAGAGUCAAGCAGCUCCCCCUGCUGAAUGCUCCACAGCUGGACUCAGGAGCCCUGAUGGAUGUGGCCAAACACCUGGGCAACCUGACCUACAACAUCUGGAACAAGAUGAAGGAGAUGGUCUCCUACACUCCUGUGAUUCUGGAUCCAAACACAGCUGAAUCACACCUAAUCCUGUCUGAAGAUCUGACCAGUGCGAGUCUUGGAGAGGGACAGAAGGUUCCUCAUAAUCCAGAGAGGAUUGAUUCACACCACUGUGUUCUGACAUCUGAGGGCUUCGACUCAGGGACUCACAGCUGGGAUGUGGAGGUUAGAAAUGAUCAGAAUCGGUUUUGGGGUGUUGGUGUGGUAAAGGAGUCUGUUCGGAGACACGGAAUAGUACAGAGUGGAUACUGGGAAUUAUGUCUCCUUGAUGGAAAAUACACAGCAGCCACCCCUCCACCUCCGUUUAAGCCUCUCCCAGUGAUGAAGCUGCAGAGAGUCAGAGUUCAGCUGGACUGUGACAAAAAGAAGCUCACAUUCUUUGAUCUGGACACUAACACACACAUACACACCUUCAAGCUCAGUUUCACUGAGAAGCUGUUUCCAUACAUUGCCAAUCACAACAAUCUACCACUGAAGAUCUUACCGCUGACUUUAAAAGUGGAGCAGCACAUGGCCCCUCUAUCAGCAGGUUUUUGGUUUAGCUAGCUAGCUUUAGACUAAUGAAGCAAAAUCACAUCGACGCAGUUUGAAAUUCAUUUUCACUCCUUGUUUUGGUUUUCAAUAACCGUUGUAAACUCGGUCAGAGGUCAACUGUAAAAGUAUAAACACCAGCUAAGAUACAAAACUACAUGCAUGUCUAUCAUGUCUGAUAGAUAAGCCUGCAUUAACCAAAAUUCAAAUGGAUGACAGUGUCAAGGAGAUCAAAUCUCAUGUGGCUGCCUUUCAAUUUUACACAAACUUAAAAUGUGACAUAAAAACCCAUCACUGCCAUCCGACACCUGAGGUCCCUUUAUAUUUAAAUAUUGACUUUGAAAACAUCAGUAAAGUGUAAAGAUCGUAGCGACCAGUUUUGGGUGUAACAUGUUACAAAGUAACACAGUAAUGUACAUUACAUAACAGUUACAAUUAUGUCGUUACUUGUGUUACAAAGGUUCUUCAUAAAUAUAUUUUUAAAUUUUAUGCAUACCUGAGGACAAAUGUAUUGUAAUUGUCUUUAGCUUCAGCAGUAUUACUUAUAGUGUUUAUACUUGGGGUAAAGUGGGCUGGAGGGAGUGCAGGUGUCCAUAAGCUGUGUUCGUGAUACUUCAGAAUCUAGCUAGCGCUACAUAAGAGGAGCGAGCAUAAAGGGAGUGACAUUUUUUAAGUGUCAGGUAAUUUCAAAUGCAACAUUUCUAUCAGAUCAAUAAACAUCAGCAAACACA